AUGGAGUCAGUCAUGAGUGGCCGCAAGGGAGACUGCCCGCUGGUGGCUGCGGCGCAAAAAGUGCGUGGCAAUACAAGCGCUGGGCAGCUUCUGAUCCCCGCGGCCGGAGCCUUUCCCCGGGACUCCCCUCGGGCACUGGCGGCUCCGCUCCGCCUUGGCAUUACGAGGGGAGUGGCCCCAAACAAACCAGCCCGACACUGGCCCCCCCCAACGAGAAUACCAAGCCUCCAAGCGAGACUAGGCACGGUAAACACAGACCGACAAAGCACAGAAGCAGCCACUGGCCCCGCGCACGGCAGGCAACGCAACCAACCAAGGCCCACGCCAGAUCCAUUCCGCCGGCCACCCCCCGAGACGACGCAGAGAGUGCCCCCCAGGGGCAUCCGGCCCCCCCUGCCGACCCCCCCACUCACCCACCCCGCCACAAAUUCCUUCCCCCCGUUCCCUGGCGUUAUCGGCGCGUCACUGUGGUACCUCGGCGCCCCCCCGAGACACGAAGGCCUCCAAUUGGCCCCACUGUGCGAAACCUGCGCGCAAAACUACGAGAAACACUGCGCUUCCCCUCUGACCCUCUUCCCCACAACCCCGUCCCUGGCCCCCCCCUCACCGCACCAAAAAAACCCCCACACAAGCACACAACAACAACUUAGAGGGCAGAAGGGUCGGACACCCAGGAAGGACCGAAAGUGGACAACGAGGUUUUGUAAGCCCCACCACACGGGGCAUGGGGAGGGAAAGAGGGUUCCCGGAGGGCGCAGGGAGGGCCAUCGCUGGCAGGACGGGGGAGCACAGAGGAGCCGGCGAGCCAGACGACACGAUGGAGCCAGGCCGACCCGACGAGAGAGGGACAAGGCCCUCCGUGACGUGGUGGAGGCCCCGUGCGAGACCCUCAGCUCGCGGCCCACUCCCGGGGGCCGCCCCCUCCGGGCGCCCGAGCGCACGUACGCGGGGAACGUCGUCGGGGAGAGGAGCUCCCCAGUGCCGACGAAUGCUAGGCCCGGCUCACAGGCGCGGGGAGGAGUGACACAGUGCGGCACCCGGCAGGCGAGCACGCAGCACCGCAAGGACGGCGGCCCCGAGCGCCGACACGGGGGCCGAGCCCCGAGGCAAGCACGGGGCCGCGAUCUGUCGCAGGCUGGCAACAGAGUUAGGAAGUCCCCCAUGGGGCACCGCCAGCCGGAGUGCCCCGACCCCAGGUCCCCGGCUGCCCCAGGGAGACGCGUGUGGACGCUGGGGGCAGAGCGCGAGGAGCAGGGCACGCCGCGCGACGGCACCGACGGCUGCGCCGGCCCCCCCGCCCCGCUGAUCCCCCCACAAGCGGCCAGCGCGAUGGCACAGAGCGGGGGGAGAAGAGGGAGGAGGUGGGACCGAGGACCCCAGGAGCUCACGCCCCCACACGUCCGAGGGUGCGCGAGGCUGUCUCGCCGCAGACCGAGUGGGCGCGCGACGACGGGCCCGCGCAGCCGCAGCGGCGAGCGGACGCCACGGCAGCGAGCCCGCACGGCAGAGAAGCGGCGGAGACGAGACCCGUCAGGGUACUUGUUCCAAACACCGCACCGGCCUGCUUGCCUACGGCGCAAUGCAAAGAAAACCAGCUGUGGGCACGCCGCGCCCUACUUGGGGGUCCACGCCCUGUAUAAGCUGGACGGGGCCCGUGACACCUUGAACAGCUUCCUGACCCCACGCCGCCUCUCUACCCCAACCGGCACGACUGAGAGAACGAGUGAAGUUACGGAGCGAAGAGAGAGCAGAGCGGCUAGCCCCCCCACCCCCGUCACACCGCCGGGCAAGCCGAAGAACAGCGUGGGGCCGCCCCGAGCCGCCAGGCCGCGCGUACGAGUAGACAAGCCCAUCGGCUCCGCAGAGGUGAGGGGGCGCGCGCGCGAGUGCCAGAGCGUAGAAUGGGCGGCCACGCGAGCAGGCAGGGGGGGCUUCGCCCGCCGCACAGACCCGGGCGUGGGUUGGGGGCCAGGCGCAGGAGCGACGCCAGUGUCCCCGCCCCACGCGCCCAUGAGGCUAGCCCGUGGGUGCCGAGGGCCGAAGUGGCGAGAGAGAAGGGCCGUGCCACGCUAUGUUACUCUGGCGGCGGCCCAGCCGCCCUCUUCCUCUUAG